UCUCCAACCAUGGCUCUCCCCACAACCAUGAAAGCCUGGCAAUACACCACAACCAAAGGCGGCCUCAUCCCCAACCUCAAACUCAACCCGACGGCCUCCUUCCCCACCCCCAAAGACCCCUCAACCCAACACAUCGUCCAAAUCUUCUCCACCUGUCUAAACCCCGUCGACGUCAAGCCCGCCGAAGGUCUCCCCUCCUUUAUGCUCCCCAAGCCGGCAACGCCCGGUAUCGACUUCGUCGGCAAGCUAGUCGUGCCCGCCAAGAACUCGGACUUAAAGGCUGGGCAGGUUGUAUUCGGUGGAGCAGGGCUUAGUCCAUUUGCGGGUGGUGCCUGUGCCGAGUACGCCAUUGCGGACAUCAAGGCUUUAGCGGCCCUGCCUGCAGGCUUGCGCGAAAGCGACGCUGCUACGAUAGGGGUGGCGGGAAUGACGGCGUAUCAGACUAUCGUGCCACAUGUCAAAGCCAACGACCGAAUUUUCAUUAAUGGUGGCUCGGGAGGUGUGGGUGUUUUCGGUAUCCAAAUCGCGAAAGCAGUGGGUUGUCACGUUACCACCGCGUGCUCGACUGCGAAUGUGGAGUUGUGCAAGAGCUUAGGCGCGGACGAUGUAAUCGAUUAUAAGAAAGGGAGUGUGGUGGAGGCACUGAAGAGCAAGCCACCCUUCGACCAUGUCGUCGACAAUGUAGGAAGCGAUCCGAAUUUGUACUGGAAGGCGCACGAGUAUAUGAAGAAGUCGGCCAAGUUUGUUGGGAUCGCGGGGGAGCCGUCACUGAAGUUCGUCAUUUUCACCGCAAAGGUUCGGUUGUGGCCUGGUUUCUUGGGUGGCGGGAAGAGGAAGUUUGAGGGGUUCUUCGCGCAGCAAAAGAUAGAUGAUUUGUUGAGGAUUGCGGGGUGGAUGAAGGAGGGGAAGGUUAGGGCGGUUGUUGAUGAGAGGUUUCCGUUCGAGAAGUUGCCGGAUGCGGUUCGGAGGUUGAAGACUGGACGGGCGAGGGGAAAGGUCAUGGUGGAUGUUACGGCUGGAGACGGGAAAGCAUGAGGCUGAGUUACUGAUGUUCUCGUUUUUUCUUUUGUCAUUGAUAGACAUUGUAAUGAAGUUUCAUCAUAUAAUUCGAAUGGUUUGACGCGUCCACG